GUUCCAACCAGUCAUCGCUGGCUCUCCUCUGCUCUCCUUCGCUCUCCUUUCUCCCCAGCCUCCCUCUUGUAGGCUCCUUCUCCUUCUCUUACAGAGCACUAGAUCACCUAUUCUUCUCAUCUAUCCUUCCUCGUCUAUUCUUCCGCGCCCAUCAUGCGCAUUGACUCCGCAACGCUACCUCUGGUCCCAAUGCUCUUGGGCCAGGUAGGUGCUCUACAACUGCCCCUGCUGCAAAGCUCCGAAUCCCAUUCGCAGUCUCCGAUCACGGGCGACAAGCCCCUGGUCAGCUCCCCGCUGCUGCAGGAACAGGUCAAGGCAGAGAACUUGCUGAGCCGGGCCCGGCACCUGUACAAAAUUGCGGAGCUGGGACAGGAUGAGUAUAACCAUCCCACCCGGGUCAUUGGUAGCAAAGGUCAUCUAGGUACUCUCGACUACAUCUACUCGUCCCUUCUCGAACUCGGUGACUACUAUACUGUCUCCAAUCAGUCCUUCCCUGCCGUGACGGGAAACGUCUUCGAGUCUCGUCUCGUCCUUGGCCACGAUGUUCCUAAGUCAGCUACGCCGAUGGGCCUAACGCCCCCGACCCACAACAAAGAACCGGUGUAUGGUCCUGUGGUUGCGGUAUCCAAUCUUGGGUGCGAAGCCUCGGACUACCCUUCCAAUUUGACCGGUGCUGUUGCAUUUAUUAGUCGAGGAAGUUGUCCUUUUGGAACCAAGUCGGAGUUGGCCGGUAAGGCCGGUGCCAUCGCUGCUGUCGUCUACAACAACGAGCCAGGCGACCUGAGUGGAACGCUGGGAAACCCGACCCCCGACCAUGUUGCUACUUUUGGCAUCUCGGACACUGAUGCAGCCCCAGUCCUGGAGAAGUUAAAGAAGGGCGAGAAAGUUGAUGCCAUUGCUUACAUGGACGCGAUAGUUGAGUCCAUCAACACUACAAACAUCAUCGCGCAGACCACGGAAGGUGACGCCAACAACUGUGUCAUGCUGGGCGGCCACAGUGACAGUGUGGCUGAGGGCCCGGGUAUCAACGACGAUGGAUCCGGAAGCCUGACCCUUCUGGAACUUGCGACUCUGCUCACCCAAUACCGUGUGAACAACUGCGUGCGUUUUGCCUGGUGGGCCGCAGAGGAGGAAGGCCUUCUCGGAUCCGACUACUAUGUCUCUGUUCUCACCCCAGACGAGAACCGGAAGAUCCGCCUCUUCAUGGACUACGACAUGCUCGCCUCGCCCAAUUUCGCAUACCAGGUGUAUAAUGCCACCAAUGCCGUGAAUCCCGAGGGAUCCGAAGAGCUUCGUGAUCUGUAUACCGGCUUCUACGAGGAUCACGGCUUCAACUACACGUACAUCCCGUUCGAUGGACGGAGCGACUACGAUGCCUUCAUCCGUCACGGUAUCCCUGGUGGGGGGAUUGCCACAGGCGCUGAGGGAAUUAAGACGGUUGAGGAGGAGAGCAUGUUUGGGGGUGUCGCUGGUCAAUGGUAUGACCCAUGCUACCAUCAGCUCUGCGACACCGUGGCCAAUUUGAACAUGACUGCGUGGGAGUGGAACACUAAGCUCGUCGCUCACUCCAUUGCGACCUACGCCAGGUCCUUUGAUGGAUUCCCGGAACGCACCAACGAAAUCAGCGUCUCAGCCUCUGAGCAACCAAAGUACCACGGCAAUUCCCUGCAGCUUUAAGCCCCUUGCAGUAUGUUUCUUUCUUUCGCAGAUACAAGCUCCAUGGUCAGAAUCAGUCACAACAUUGUACCCGAUCUCUCAGUAGGAUAUCUGCAGAUACGGGUUUAGGGCCGCUAAUCUAAUGAAGAAGACUAAUCUGAUUAUAUCGUAGGGCUCAUUGAUCGUGCCGACUGUUCGUAGGAAGACGUAUAGUGUAU